UUAUAAUUUUGAUGACGGAAAGAAAAAGGUUAUACACAGAAAAAGAGGGAAUAGGCUGAAUAAUUGCAAUUAUUUAAUAACUUUAAUUAAUUACAUUUAAACCGUUUGUAUUACUAGUAUCCAGUGCACACCAGAGUCAUAGUUUUUAUUCAGUAAACGAUUCAAUACACCUAUAAACAAAGCGUCUUCUAAUAGGUUAGGUGGUCGGUGAAACAUGUUAGUAAAAUUGUAAAAAUAACAUGACUGAAAGGAAAAUGUGCAAGUUUUACAAUUUAAAUGUGCCUGAGCGACGGUCUGGGGACGGUGGGCAGGGGGGUGCGGGUCAGAACCACGGCGCGACGGAGGACGACGAGCGGGCGGGCGACGAGGCGACUCCGCCGCCCGUGCCGCCGCACGAACACAAGCUGGAGUACAGCUACUGGAUGUGGUUCUCGCGGCGGCCGCCGGCCCGCGACCUCUCCGCCUCCAGCACGGGAUACGGUCAAGCACUACGGCUAGUAGGUCGAGUGGGGUCCGUGGAGCAGUGGUGGGGGCUGUACACACACCUGGCGCGGCCCGCGGACCUGCCCCCACUCUCUGACCUGCAUCUCUUCAAGCUUGGCAUCAAGCCCAUGUGGGAGGAUCCUGCUAAUGUCAACGGGGGGAAAUGGGUGGUGCGCGUGCGCAAGGGGCAGACGGGGCGCGCGUGGGAGGACCUGUGCAUGGCCAUGCUGGGCGAGCAGUUCAUGGUGGGGCAGGAGCUGUGCGGCGUCGUGCUGUCCGUGCGGUUUCAGGAGGACCACCUGGCGGUGUGGCACCGGAACGCGGCGGACCAGGCGUCAGCGGCGCGCGUGCGGGACACCCUGCGCCGGGUGCUGCAGCUGAACGCGACUGUACCCAUCGAGUACAAGGCGCACGGCGACUGUCUGCGAGCGUCCGCCUCGCGCUCACAGGACUCUGAUACGUCCGAGCCGCCGCCGCCGACGUCGAGGCCCUAGCGCAGCGCCCCGCGUGACUCACUCUCCCGCCCCCACUCACCGUAUAGCCGCCACACACACAGGGAACCGACACAAUAAACCUAGUGCCACGAGUUACGGGUCAAGUACCCGUGUAUUUCUUUUUAACAUAAAACAGCGACACAGUUUACUACUGGCCGUUUUCGUUGAUUAUUGAGUGGUCUUGGAUGAAGUAUCAAAAAUGCUGUCUUGGUAAGCCAUACAUAACUGGUCAAUAGAGGGCUUUGAGAUCUGACAAUAGACCUAUCGCAUUUGUAAUUGCUCAACAUUGCACCAAGUGUGUGGGUUCCCUGGGUGCAUACAAAAACAGUUGUCAUUGUCAUCGCGUGAUUGAAAACAUUUUGAUGCUAGUCUUCUUUUAUAGACACUAAUCUCAAGUAUUAAUGUGAAUGUCAGGCAAAAAGCAGCUUUGUGAAUGUUAAAUAGUAGCAAGGUAUUAAAUUAUGGCAAUUUUAUUCAUAUUUCGUUAUUAAAUUCACUUUUUACAUACCACUGCCUGUAGAUGUUUCGUCCUAAAAUUAAUCAAUGUUAAAAUAGUGUUAUUGUGGUUUAUGUUUAAAAUGUAUUUCAGACAAUAUGAUUACUUUAAGAUCAAUAACUUGUAAAUGCGUUGCAAUAUUGUAGCUGAUACCUCCAACGAAAAUAAUAGUUAAAACAUAAUAUUUUUCAGAUUUGUAUGUAAUUUUUAAAGUUGUCAAUGUAGGUAUUUGUAUUGUAAUAGUAAGAACCAUAUUUUCUACGAUACAGUAAGAGAAUAAAUUAGCUGAAAUAUGUAUUUCUUCAUCGUAUGGUUCAUUUUCUUGCUUUUUAUAAAGAAACUAUAUACUUUUGGCAUGUUUUAGCUAGUUACGUGACGUGCGACUGUCGAUCACCGCGCAACGCACUGUUAUAUAAAAUGAGUAUUCAAUCGCGCGAUUAAUUUUCAAAUCUGUUUAUUUGUAUGUAGUUUAAAAGUUCCCAUAUGUUAAGGCUAAGUAAGCCGACCAUGAAAUUGAGUGAGAUUACGAAUUAUUUGUACCUACCCGCAAGAUUGAGCCGGCGCGCGCCACUUCUCACCGAGUAUUGCCAGCCUAACGAUGUACAUAUAGUAAUUUCUAAAAUGUAAUUGAAUGAUGUGUUUUGUGUCAAUAUUUUAGUGAGAAACGGAACGUUUCAGGCUACACCCCCUGUUCUUGUACAGUAAAAAAACCGGAACUCUGAAAUAAAAGAAUCAGAAUUUGUAUACUU